GUGUUGGGGGAGUUGGGGGAGUGUGUGUGAUGCUACAACCGCCUUAUAAAGGGACUCUCUCUCACGUUGUGUCUUGGAAAUUAGAGUACAUUGCCUUAAAUUGAGGUCUCCACACAUACACACACGCCGACUCACCGAGAGCCGCUACCAUGAACUGGAUGAACGUUGAGGAGACGCUCCGCAGGGCCGAGACGCCUCUCUUCUGGGUCGGCGCGUUUACUGUGGCCUCCCUGGCGCUGUGGCUGCUCUACAGGCUGCUCUCAGGCAUUAGAAUCUGGGUGUUGGGAAACGGGCAGCUGCUCUCUCCGAAGCUGGGCAAAUGGGCAGUUGUGACGGGAGCCACGGAUGGAAUCGGGAAAUCCUAUGCGGAGGAGCUGGCUCGUCGAGGAUUUGCCAUGAUGUUGAUCAGUCGCUCCCAGGACAAGCUGGAUGACGUGGCCAGGUCACUUGAGGAGCAGUAUAAAGUGGAGACCAGGACCAUUGCAGUUGACUUUGGCAAGGCAGACAUUUACUCAAAGAUCGAGGCGGGGCUGACUGGUCUAGAGAUCGGUGUUCUUGUCAACAAUGUUGGUGUGUCCUACCCCUACCCCGAGUACUACCUCCAUAUUCCUGAUCUGGACAAUUUCAUCACAAAUAUGAUCAAUGUCAACAUGACCUCAGUGUGCCAGAUGACCCGUCUGGUGCUGCCCAGAAUGGUUGAGAGGUCCAAAGGUGUUAUCCUCAACAUCUCCUCUGCCAGCGGCAUGUACCCCCUCCCUCUGCUUACAGUCUAUUCUUCCACAAAGGCCUUUGUCGAUUUCUUCUCUCGUGGCCUUCAGGAGGAGUACAGGCGUCAGGGCAUCAUCAUUCAGAGCGUACUGCCCUUCUUCGUGGUCACUAAAAUGACUCGUAUCAGGAAGCCCACCCUGGACAAGCCCACCCCAGAGCGCUAUGUGGCAGCUGAGCUCAACACUGUGGGUCUGCAGAGCCAGACCAAUGGAUAUUUCCCCCAUGCUGUCAUGGGUUGGGUGACAACCAAGCUGGUGCCGAUCAGCCUCGUCAUCUACCUGGGAGCCAGAAUGAACCGUCUGCAACGUACUGGAUACCUGCAGAGGAGAAAGCUGCGGGAGCAGAAGAACGGAACAGGUUUCAAAAGCGAAUAGGAAAGAUGGCUGACGAAUCUGCAGGCAGCCACUCUGUUCUGACCCGGUACAGCGUUUAAGGAAAAGAGAUUGUUUGUUUGUUUGUAUCUGUGCGAUUGAUCCUCCAGUUGCCUGAGAUUUCACCUUUUUUGUGUCUUCAGUAAAUGUGCACAUCAAAGCAUGUGUAUGACUUUGUGUUUAAAACAGCAACCUCUGCCCUGAUGUGAUUUUGUCUGGCAAGAAAUAACCAAAGAAGGCAAGAGCUAAAACAUAAUAAAAUUCUGCUCUUGGCAAACAACAUUAAUACUUUUUGUCACUGACACUGAUGGUGGUAAUAAUUCAGCCAAAAGAUUACUGAGCUGUUUUUUGUUUUUUUAAGAUUAUUUUUUUUGGCCUUUUUUUUUUUUUGUGUGUGUGCCUUAUUUGAUAGUGACAGAUGAAGAGGUAGAAAUGAAACCGGGAGAGAGGUAUGACAUGCAUCAAAAGUCACUGGCUGGAAUCGAACUGGCAACUGCAAUUGUCUGUAACCAUUCGGCUACCAAGGCGCUCCAAUGAGUGAUUUGUUAACCCUGCUGUUGUAAGCAGUGGAAAAUGGUGGUGGGCAUCUUUUUUUAUAUAUGUAUAAUUAUUUAUUUUAUAUUCGUAUGAACACAUGAGCCAAACAGACCUUUUUUAGACUAGCGUUAAACCUGUUUACAAAUCAUUGCGAUUUCUGCUUCCUACCAUGUCAGUUUACUUGCAUUACUCAGCUGUUAACAGCAUGCAUUGGCUUUUUUUUUUUUUUUUAUAAUAUUGCGUGUGUACAGUAUAUUUAAAAUGAUACUUUGUGGUGGGUUGUUGCACAAAUGUAUUACUUGUUCUAAACCAAAGGGUUUUUUUCCGUAGUUAUCAUUAAGUGCCUUUCUACUGACAUUAAUGCUGGAAAUGGUCAGAUUCAUUGAGUGGGUGUUGACUGGUUAAAAAUGUAUUAUGAAAAGAUAUAAUUCAACUGGUGUUAUGUCCAUGUGAACUACACAGUUGCUUCAAUUUCUGCCUCUUUUAAUCAAAAUGUCAACCUUUCACAGACGAAGGAAAACCUCAUUUUGUUCAUCCGGUUUUUGAAAGGAUUUCAAAGGGCUAGAGAGUAUUUUACAUCAUUGCUGUAGCUGUGGUUUCACAUUUACCUACAGAUUGGUUCACAUACUACCAAACGUUUGCUGCAAAACAAGAGAACUGCUUCUCUUUACACAGUUGGUUCACCAUUGAAUACCCCAAAUGACUUGAUCUGACCUGUGCCUCAACUAAGCUGCCUAGUGAAUGCUUUUCCUUAUGCAUGGAAAAUUUGAAAUUUGAAUUUCUAUAUGUAAAAUGCACUGUUUAUAUUUAUCCUGCUGUCAACUUGUGUUUUAUAUGGUGUGUUAAUAAAAGCGCUGGCAUACAGCA